UUCCGCAGUCCGCUGGUCUCGGGUCCGCUCUAUCUAAUCUUUUUUGGUUUGUGGUUCCAUGCAAUUUUGUGUAAUGGGUUGGAAGGAUUAAUAGCAUGUUGUAAGUAACAUCUGCAGUUCAAAUGUCGCGAUCGCAGUCGUGAUCAUCCGCGGUUUGUAAUUCAGUUGUACUUACUUAAAAGUAUACAUGGGAGUACGCAAGUGAUCUUUUAUCGUUGUUAAAUUUUAUGUCACAUGUGAAACAUGUCGCGACAUCGAGACGUUCGUUCUAUGAAUUACUCUGAUGAGUACGAUGGCUAUGAUGAUGUUUAUGGACAUUCAAUGGAGGACGAUUAUUGCGUAUCGCCUACUGUGGAGCAAUUUUUAUUUGAUCGAAGCAAACAACAAAAUAUUGCUUCAUUCAUCACAGAACCUGAUAUAGUGGAAGACAAUGAAGAUAUUGAUGAGUCUUCACCAUCGUCCAAUGAAGAAAAAUUUAAUCUUUCUGAAUUAGAAAAGGCAAAAUUAAUAUCUUGUUUGGAAACAAUUAGAAAUGUUAUAGGUGACACAGUAUCUGAUUCCAAAUUGAAAGAGAAAAUUAUUUUGUCAAAUUUUGAUGCAAAUAUAGCACUUGAUGCUAUUUUAAAGGAGUCUUCACCAAAAAAAGUCACUGAAUCUAUAGAGAAUAAGAAACAAUUGGAGCGACAUCCAGGUGUUUCAAUUGAUGAAUCUAAUACAUACACGCUCACAAUACCUAGAUUUUCUUUUAAAAAAGAACAUAUUUCUAAAGAUUCUACUUGGACUGUAUGUCAACCGAAUAAUAUAGAUAGUUCAAAAGAUGUAAAUAAUUCCUUCAAAACUUUCUCAUCAUUAGCUGGAAUUGUUUCCCAUCACACAGAAUCUAUAAAUUCAAAUAUAACAAAAAUAUCUUCACAAAAUAACACAAAUGCACAACCUUUCAGUUCUUUAGCUGCUUUAACUGCAGACUAUUUACAAAAAUCUAAUACAACUAAUAAUGUAGAAUCUCAAGAUAGGUAUCAAUCACCAGUCUCACAAUUUAUCAUUCCAAAACUAUCAAUUAAGAAAAAUGAUAGUGAAGAAACGAGAAACGUACAUUUACCAAAAUUUCACAACAAUGAGAAUAAUAAAAGACAACUAGUAUCUACAAAUAUUUUGGACAAAGAUGAAAUCGAUUCACUUCAGAAUGAUUUUUCAAAUAUGGACAUCUUUUCAAACGGAAAUACCGUGAUAGAAAAACAAUUUGUAAAGCCAAUAAAUACUGUAAAUGAAAAUUGCACUCCAUUAUCUGACGAUUGGGUAGAUUUGAGUGCUGCUUUAAAGGAAGCAGAAUUUCUAACUGAUAACGCUUUUUGCGGUGUCGAUUUGACUACUUCGAUAAAAUUGUAUGAUACUCAUAAUUUAGACAUAUCUCUUGAAGAUGAUGAUAGGAUAAUACCAAAUGUGUUACCUGUCACUUUAAAUUUAUGUGCUUUGAAAUCUAUUAAGUUUCCAUAUACAAAAAAGAACGUCUCGGUAUUUGGAAAAACUUUAUGUAAAAAGUGGAAGAGAAAAAGACCGAUUCUUAAAACUAUUGUACAUUAUAACACAGUUAAACCUUUCGACUUUUCUACUCCGUAUCAAAAUUCAAAUCGAUCUUAAAAGAUAUAUCUACGAAUAGAUAAGUAAAACGGGUUACUAAAUGUGUAACAUGUAUAUUUAGGAUGUCAACAUUUUUUUGAAAAAUAUAAAAAAGAUUUAUAA